AUGUCUGUGAAGCGGUUUAAAUCCGACACCGGCGAGGUAAAGUCGUUGAUUCGCUCGAAGGGGCUAGGUACAUCUUCUGGGACAAUUCUUUAUGACGAGGCAGUGGUUUUAGAGGGCCACCAGGGGCCUGUUUUGAGUGCUCGUUUCAGCAGAGAUGGAACCAAGAUUGCCUCGGGUGGAUACGACAAAUCGAUCAACUUAUGGCAUCUACCCACACAGCAAGAAGAAGAGCUGCCUAAUUAUGGAGUUCUCAGUGGUCACAAGUCUGCAGUUACAUCUUUGGCGUGGCUUUGGGACGAAUCGCUCAUCAGCUCCAGCGCGGAUUCAACAUUGGGCAUCUGGGACUCAGAAUCAGGCAAGAGGAUCAGGAAGCUUCAGGGACACGAAGGAGUUGUCAACCAGGUUGCUGUGUCGUCGGAAUCCUUGAUUGCGAGUGCUGGCGAUGACGGAUGCUUGCAGUUGUGGGAUUCCAGAGAGAAGAAUUCGUUGAACACCAUCACUUCCAAUUACCCUAUACUUGCUACCACAUUCAACAAUAGAGGUACGACGAUCUAUGUGGGGGGAAUUGAACCCACUGUUCGAGCAUACGACGUUCGCGCUCUUGAUAAAGAGCUAUGGACAAGUGGCGGACAGACUGAUACGAUCACUUCCUUGGCAUUGAACCCCGACGACUCAGUUCUAUUGUCUCGUGCCAUGAAUGGCAACAUCAAAACUUACAGUGCCAAGGAGUUUGUACCCGAAGGAAUCCCAAGAGCAAACCAAUACGGCUACGAAGGUGCACCUUCUGGUUCCGAAUAUCAAGUCAUCAGAGCCUGCUUCAGUAACGACAGCAUUUCCAUACUUUCUGGAUCCGAAGAUAGAUCAGUGACUUCCUGGGAUUUUGGGUCGAGAAAAUUGGCUAACAAAUACACUGGCCACGAAGGAACGGUAUUAGAUGUGGAUUACCAUCCAACAGAACGCAUCGUGGUAUCGUCAUCUACGGACGGAACGGUUAUCGUCAGAGAAGUGUAG